AUGGGUUAUUUAAUACCGACAAGAUUUUUAGUGCUGGCAAUAUCUAUCUAUCUAUCUAUCUAUCUAUCUAUCUAUCUAUCUAUCUCAGACUGUUCAUAUCCAUCUAUCUCUGACUGUUCAUAUCUAUCUAUCUAUAUAUCUAUGUUCAUUAUCUAUCUAUCUAUCUAUCUAUCUAUCUAUCUAUCUAUCUAUCUAUCUAUCUAUCUCAAACUGUUCAUAUCUAUCUAUCUAUCUAUCGAUCUAUCUAUUUCAGCCUGUUCAUAUCCAUCUAUCAAAGCCUGUUCAUAUCCAUCUAUUUCAGACUGUUCAUAUCUAUCUAUCUAUCUAUCUAUCUAUCUAUCUCUAUCUCAGUAUAUAUUGUCUAUAUUUCUCCGCCUCUUCCUUUCUUUCUUUCUUUCUUUCUUUCUUUCUUUCUUUCUUUCUUUCUUUCUUUCUUUUUUCUUUCUUUCUUUCUUAAUGUUUCCCCUUUCUCUCUUUUUAUUUCUUUCUAAUAUUUCUUCUUUCUAUCUGUCUUUUCUUCUAUUCAGUCUAUAUUUCUCCGCCCCUUCCUUUCUCUAUUUGAUUCUGCCUUUCUUUCUUUCUUUCUUUCUUUCUUUCUUUCUUUCUUUCUUAAUGUUUCCCCUUUCCCUCUUUUUAUUUCUUUCUAAUAUUUCUUCUUUCUAUCUGUCUUUUCUUCUAUUCAGUCUAUAUUUCUCCGCCUCUUCCUUUCUCGAUUUGAUUCUGCCUUUCUUUCUUUCUUUCUUUCUUUCUUUCUUUCUUUCUUUCUUUCUUUCUUUCUUAAUGUUUCCCCUUUCUCUCUUUUUAUUUCUUUCUAAUAUUUCUUCUUUCUAUCUGUCUUUUCUUCUAUUCAGUCUAUAUUUCUCCGCCCUUCCUUUCUCGAUUUUUCUGAUUUCUUUUUCUUUUCUUUCUUUCUUUCUUUCUUUCUUUCUUUCUUUCUUUCUUUCUUUCUUAAUGUUUUCCCUUUCCCUUUUCUUUUCUAAUAUUUCUUCUUUCUAUCUGUCUUUCUUCUAUUCAGUCUAUUUUCUCCGCCCCUUCCUUUCUCUAUUUGAUUCUGCCUUUCUUUUCUUUUUUUCUUUUCUUUCUUUUCUUUCUUUUUUCUUUCUUAAUUCUAUAUUUCUCCGCCCCUUCCUUUCUCGAUUUGAUUCUUUCUUUCUUUCUUUCUUUCUUUCUUUCUUUCUUUCUUUCUUUCUUUCUUUCUUUCUUUCUUUCUUUCUCAGCUUGUUCAUAUCUAUCUGUCUAUCUCUAGAGAGAGACGUACGUCUUGCUGUCAGUUGA